UUAUUACGCCUCUCUUCACGCUGAAAGAUCGUUUUGCGUACACGCUUUCGUAGACGGUGCCGCUGCUCUUCCCCCUCCAAAACCCCGAUCACUGGCUUCCUAACCAAACCCUAACCUCUGAUCCCUCGCUGAGCUCUAACCCUAGCCUUUGAAAGCGGAAGGGAGGUAAGAGGGGGCGAGAGGCGAAGCAAUGGAGGAUCGUUUAGGGCAGAAGCAAGGCCCGCAGGUGUUUCCCUCCAUCACUCUCUCCCACCUCUCGUCCUCUGCUCCCUCCUCCUCCGCCGCUUCCGCCUUCUUCUCCGACGACCGCUCCGGCUGCUCUCGUCUUCGGUUCCACCAGCCGUGCUCGCCCGUCCCUGUUUUUGACCUCGAUCUUCAGAAGAUUCAGAUCUUCAAGUUAGGUCUGCUGGAGUUGCUGUGCGUGACCAAUGAGACGGGAGACGAUGACCCCGAAGAGAAAUAUUUUUCGAGAGUAUUUAAGAUAGGUUUCAAUACAAAGGAUGAAACCAAAGCUUUUCAUUUGGCCUUUGAACAGUGGAAGCUUGGAGUGGUUGUUGCAAAAACUGGUGGACCUUUAGAGAAUGGAUCACUAACAACUCCUAAAAGCAAAUUUGAUAAUAAAAUAGAUGCCACUUCUGCCAAGAUGUACUUCCAUUAUUAUGGACAGUUGCUACAUCAGCAAAAUAUGCUACAAGACUAUGUGAGGACAGGAACCUAUUAUGCUGCAGUGAUUGAGAACCGUAUAGAUUUCUCUGGUCGUAUUGUGCUUGAUGUUGGUGCUGGUAGCGGCAUUCUUUCACUGUUUGCUGCUCAGGCAGGUGCCAAACACGUUUAUGCUGUAGAAGCAUCUGAGAUGGCAGAAUAUGCACGUAGGCUUAUUGCUGGAAACCCAUCACUUGGACAGCGCAUCACGGUUAUCAAAGGUAAAAUUGAGGAAGUGGAUCUACCUGAGAAAGCAGAUAUACUUAUUUCUGAGCCAAUGGGCACCCUAUUAGUAAAUGAAAGGAUGUUAGAGACAUAUGUAAUUGCAAGGGAUCGAUUCCUUAUCCCUGAUGGGAAGAUGUUUCCAUCCUUAGGAAGGAUACACAUGGCACCAUUUAGCGAUGAAUAUCUUUAUGUUGAAAUUGCAAAUAAGGCCCUAUUUUGGCAGCAGCACAACUAUUAUGGGGUUGAUCUUACUUCUUUAUAUGGAUCUGCUUUCCAGGGAUAUUUCUCUCAGCCUGUGGUUGAUGCAUUUGAUCCGAGGCUACUGAUCUCUCAGCCUAUUGUGCACACACUAGAUUUUACUUGCAUGAAGGAAGAGGAUCUCUAUGAGAUUGAUAUUCCUCUAAAUUUUGUUUCGUCUGUUGGUACACGGGUUCAUGGCCUCGCUUGCUGGUUUGAUGUUUUGUUCAAUGGGAGUUCUGUUCAAAGAUGGCUUACCACAGCUCCAGGUGCUCCUACAACUCAUUGGUACCAGCUACGGUGUGUCCUUGCCCAACCAAUAUAUGUCAUGGCCGGGCAAGAGAUAACUGGACGGUUUCACCUGGUGUCUCACAAUGCUCAGAGCUAUACGAUUUACUUGACUUUGUCAGCUAAAACAUGGGGAGCUGGUGCUGAUCAAGGUGGAAUAUUGCAGACUUUUUCCUGUAAACUUGAUCUUAAGGAACCAUACUAUCGGCUGUCUCAACCACUACCUUAUGUGUUACAGCAGGAUCAGCAGUCAAACACAGAGCUUAUGCAAUCACAGGAACUUUCCCCACAAAUUCAGGAUGGGACUGGUCCCAGUCUAGCAAUAAUACCGUCACAGAUUUCUGAGGCAUCAGAGCAACAACACAAACAUGGUUCCUGCUCAGGUUCAUAAAAUGACAUUCUUGUUACCAGAUUCGCUGCAUCAAUCCUGACAUCACAGGUUGUCUAUCUAGCGAGCUGACUACUGAAUCAGGGCAGGAAGUCUGCUGCGUUCUGCUGAAGCUUACUUGUGCAAAUUAUAAUUAAUUUAUUAAUUCAUGCUGAUUGGAACAAUUCGAAAAUUCAAGCUUUUCUGAACUAAUGUUCUGGAAAUUGAUGUGUAGACAACUGGAGCUUUUAAUGAGUGGAUGGUUUCCUUUUUCAUCCAAA